ACGAGCGAGAACGUGAUCGGGAGAUUGCGGAGCUGGUCCGUAAGCAUCAAGAGGAGCUGAAGCAGCUCCGGGAGGGACUUCAGAGCAAGCACCAGCAAGCGAUGAAGGAGCUUCAGCAGCAGCUGGAAGCCUUCCAUGAAACAGAGAUGCAGCAAGCCCAGCUCCAGGCACAGACCCUGCACAGCCUGGAGCUGGAGGCUCUGCGCCUGAGCCUGAGCAACAUGCACACGGCCCAGCUCGAGCUGACCCAGGCGAACCUGCGCAAGGAGAAGGAGACGGCCCUGGUGGAGCUCCGGGAGAUGCUCAAUGACAAGCGGGCGCAGGAGGUAGCCCUCGUCCAGAGCCGCCAGCAGUUUGAGCUGGAGCACAUCAAGGAGCAGCACCGCAAGGAAAAGGAGGACAUGGCCUUGGAGCACCAGCAGGAGCUAGCUGCCUUGGAGAAAAAACUGGAACUAGAAGUGGAGGCUCACAGCCAGACAUUGGAGACGCUCAAGGGAGACUGGGACUCAGAGAAGGGCUCAUGCUUAAGAAGGCUCGAGGAAGAGCUGGCCCAAAAGCACCGGGCAGAGAUGGAGAGCGUGCGCGAGGCCCUGAGGGCCCAGUUGGCCGAGCAGAAGGUGGAGCUGGAGAAGAUGGCCCACGACAAGGCCCAGGCUGAAGCUGCUCUCAGCAGCCUUCAGGCCCAGCACCGGGCGGCCAUGCAGGACCUUCGCCAGGAGCUCCAGCUUCAGCGUGACCAGUAUUUAGAAGACAUGGAUCUGAAAGUCCGAGAGAAGCAGCAGGAGCUGGACACGCUCCAGGCCUCCUACGAAGAGCUGCAGGCGCAGUCCCGCGAGGAGAUCCAGCAGCUCUGGUCUCAGCUAGACUCCACGCGAGCAAAUCGGCAGGAGCUGAACGAGCUCAGGGAGCAGCUUCUGGCCCGAGCGUCCCACGUGGAGCAGCUCGAGCACCUCAAGCACGACUUCGAGCGGCGGCAGCAGCAGAGGCGCAGCGAGCACGAGCGCGAGCUGGAGCAGCUGCGCCUUUACUUCGAGCAGAAGCUGCGGGCCGCCGAAGACAGCUACCGAGAAGACCUCCACCUGCUGCACCAGCGGCUGCAGGAGGUCAGGGAGGACUCCUUCCUCGACUCUGCCGACGUCAGUUGGUCCGUCGAGUUCAUGGAAGACACGGCUGAUGUGGAAAGAAAAGCCCAUUUGGAGCAGCUGAUGCUUCAGCUAGAGCAGCACAAGGAGGGCAUUGCCCAUUUGAAACUACAGCUUGAAGAGAAGCACAAGGAGGAACUGGAUGAGCUAAAGGCGUCUCUGGAAGCUCAUCAUAAGCAAGAGUCCCUGGAGGAGAUGCAGAGGGAGAAGCGCCAGCACGACCUCGACCUUGAAGAGCUGCGCACCCGCCUCACGGAGGAGCACAGGAAAGAGAUGAUCAAGAUGAGACUGCAGUGCGCGCAGGACGCUGCCCGUCAGGUGGAAACCGAGGUGGCGCAGAGGCUCUCGCUGGCCUUGGAAGAUGAUCACAAGGCCAGAGUGGCCCAGCUGCAGUCCCAGGAGGGGCGGGUUUCACAGCUCACCGAAGAAGUCGACCUUGCUCGGAAAGAAAAUGCGGAACUGCGGGAGAAGCUGCAGCAGGAGGUCGCUCUGAAGGAGGAGGCGGAGAAAAAGAGCUGUCGUCUCGUUGAAGACCACCAGAAAGAGAUAAAGAAGCUAAGAGAAGAAAUUCAGCAGCUGAUCCAAAGGAACAAGGACAAAGAAGAUGAAUGGCAAGUCCAGCGUGGGGAUCUCAGCAGGAGAGCCGAAGAGCGACUGGCCGCACUGGCCCUCGAGCUGAACGGCAAGGCCGAGCGGGAGCAGCGGGCCCUGAGAGAGGCGGCGGAGCUCCGUGUGGUGGAGAUGGAGCGGCUCCGAGACCGGCAGGCGGCCGACAUCAUGAGGUUGGAGCAGUCCCUGAGGCAGCGGGAGGAGAGCCGGGCCCAAGAGGAGGCUGCCUGGCAAGAGCGGGCAGCUCGGGACCUGGAGGCGGCCAAGGCCCAGAUGGCCGAAGAGUUGGAGGCGGCCACGCGUAGCCUUCGGGAGGACUGUGCCUUGGAGCUGCAGACAAGCCGAGCAAGAUUCUUGGAAGAGCAGAAAGAAAUGACUCAGAAAUUCACAGAGAAACAAGAUGCUCUCUUCAGGGAACUGCAGGAGAAGCAUGCUGGUGAACUCCAGCUGCAGAAGCAGCAGACCGAGUCCCUGACCACUGAGCUGCAGACCCAGCACCGGGGGGAGAUGGACGCCCUCAGGACUUCCUUACAGAGCCAACACCAGACACAGCUGGAUGCCCGGGUCGCUAAGCUGCAGACCCAGCACCAGGAGGAGAUGGAUGCCCUCAGGGUUUCUCUACAGAGCCAACACCAGACACAGCUGGAAGCCAGAGUGGCCGACCUGCAGAGCCAGCACCAGGGAGAGAUGGACGCCCUCAGGACUUCCUUACAGAGCCUACACCGGACACAGCUGGAUGCCCAGGUUGCUAAGCUGCAGACCCAGCACCAGGAGGAGAUGGAUGCCCUUAGGACUUCCUUACAGAGCCAACACCGGGCACAGCUGGAAGCCAGAGUGGCCGACCUGCAGAGCCAGCACCAGGGAGAGAUGGACGCCCUCAGGACUUCCUUACAGAGCCAACACCGGGCACAGCUGGAAGCCAGAGUGGCUGACCUGCAGAGCCAGCACCAGGGAGAGAUGGACGCCCUUAGGACUUCCUUACAGAGCCAACACCAGACACAGCUGGAUGCUCAGGUCGCUAAGCUGCAGACCCAGCACCGGGAGGAGAUGGAUGCCCUCAGGACUUCCUUACAGAGCCAACACCGGGCACAGCUGGAAGCCAGAGUGGCCGACCUGCAGACCCAGCAUGUUGCAGAAAUGAGCCACCUGGAAGCCAAGCACUUGUCAAAUCUGGAUUCUUUGGAGUCUGGUUACCUGGCUGAGAUUCAGACCAUGCAGGAAGAGCACAGCCACGCUCUGGAAGGGCUCCGGGUGAGGCUCGAGGAGCAGCUGCAGGCGAAGGAAGCUGAGCACAAGGCGGGCCUGGCGCAGGAGACCGAGAAGCACCAGCGAGAGCUGCAGCAGGCCCAGGAAAGCCUCAGAAUUGAGAUGACCACUAAUCAUAUUGAAAAACUGAAAUCACUGGCCACGGAGCUACAAGAUGCACAUCAGGAGGACCUGCAGAUGGCCCUUCACAACCAGAGGUGUUUGCUGGAGGAAGAAAAUCACAAGGCUCUGGACAGAUUGGGCGAAGAGGCCCUCCGCAUGGAGGAGCAGCACCGAGGGGCCCUUCAGGAACUCAAGGACAUCCACGUGGCCGAGCUCGAGAAGCAGAAGGCCAAGGCUGGCCAGCAGCUCCAAGAAGAGCUGGGCAGACUGAGGGCCCAGCACCAGCGGGAGCGAGAGGAAGAUGCCCGAGCGGCGUCUGCGAUGCAGGAAGAUGCCGAAGCGGCCCGACUGCAGCAGGAGCUGCUCUUUCAACAGGAGAUGGCACUGCUCAAGGGGCAGGCCCAGGUCCUGGAGCAGCAGGUGGCCCAGCUGAAGGACAAGCUGGAGAUGGAGAAGCGGGCUGCCGAAGAGCAGGCCGAGGAGUUGGUGGCCUUGGAGAGGGAGAAGGCUCAGGGCGUCUGCCAGAGGGAGAAGGAGGCGCUGACCUCGCAGCUGCAGGAGCAGAGCAGCCUCAUCCUCCAGUUAAAAGAAAAAGUCUCAUCCUUAAAUAAUGAAGUAGCAGAGAGUCACAGAGAGCUGGAGAAGCUUCAGGCACUGCGUGAACGGGAGCAUGAGGAAGAGACGAACCUGUUAUCUCUGCUGCAGUCUGACAUGAGCCAUACCCAGCAGGAAAGGAAAACGCUGCAGGAAACAAACCAGCAUCUCCUGAGUCUGUUUGGGGACACCCUGAAGGCUGCCAUUGCGAUAAAGAACCAGAUCAGUAAGAGGAUCGGGGUCUGUCUGGACGAAGAUUCCCCGGGCAGAGAAAGCACCGCCAUGGGGAGGCAGGAGCAGCCAACCCAGGACACGUGCCAGCUGCCCGUGGACGCGGCUCUUGGAGGUCCCAUUCCUCCCCUGGAGUUCGAUCAGACCUUGCCUGAAUGUGACGAGACGUUGCUGGCUGAGCCUGACAUAAGUUGCCACGUCCGAGAGAGCUUCUUUUUGAGUCCAGGAGUCACGGUGGAGUGUGAGCAGCCCAUCAGGAGGAUCUACCAGAGCCUUGGGGUGGCUGUGGACAACCUCCUGGAGAUGAUGCUGGACUCCAAUAAACAACUGGAGGAGACGCGUGAACUUCAUGCUCGCUUUGAGAAAGAAUUUAACCGUAAAAAUGAGGAGACCGCCCUGGCGGUGAGACAGCAGCAGGAACUGAUGGACCGUUUAAAUCAGGAGAGCGCGGCCAAGAAUCAGCUGGCCCUGGAGCUCCAUAAAGCUGAGGGUCUCGCUGAAGGUUACAAAGCCGAGAAGGCCGCGCUGGAGGAGUCUCUGCUCCAGAAGGAGAAGUCUGAGCAUCAUCUGGCGGUGGAGUUGGAGAACCUGAAGGCCCAGUUCCAGGCGCUGAUCCAAGAACAAGCCAGGCUGAAGGAGGAGCAGAGUCUGUUGCUGAGGCAGAAGGAGAAGCUGAUUGUGGAGGCCGAGGAGAAGGCCGCUGGUUUACUUCAGGAAGUAGAACAUCUGGUAAAGGAGCAAUCAGAAACAAAACAACAAUCUGAGAAAGAUUGCUCAACCCUGCGUUCUCAGAUGAGAGCUUUGGAGCUAGAGCUGGAAGAGCAGCUUUCACACAAUCAAGAGCUUGUCCAGCAAGCGGCCGAAAUCCAGGACCUCAAAGAGCAGAUCGCCUCUUUAGACAAACACUUACGGAAUCAGCGGCAGUUCAUGGAUGAACAGGCAAUUGAAAGAGAACAUGAGCGGGAUGAGUUUCAGCAAGAAAUCAGGAAGCUUGAGGAGCAGCUGGAGCAGCAGCAGCCAGCCAAGAGCCAUCCUUGGGGAGAGCCUCACGACAACCAGAGCUUUGAGUUGACUCCUGAGGUUGAAGCUUUACAAAGAAAAUUAAGAGAAAAAAUAGAUGAAUUGAAUGAAUUGGUCAUAAAGAAGGAGCUAACCGAAAGAGAGCUCUCGGCCCAAAAAGAUGAAAUCAGAAACCUGGAGGAUACAAAUGAAGUAAUCCGAAGAAAAGUUUACUGGCUUGAAGACGAAUUGGAGAAACAGAAGAAAAUUGGAAAAGAAUUGAAACAGGACAGAGAGGCCUUGCAGGAGCAGCAGAUGAACAACCUGAUCCAGAUUUCCUCAUUACAGUCAAAAUUAGAUGAAGCAAAACAUUUGACACCUGCCCAAGGAAGCUCAAAUGGGGAGAAUCUUAAGGAGCAGUUGGAGGCGGAACAGGCAGCUCUGCUGUUGAAAGAGAAGGAGGUUCUGAGCUUGGAGGAAGAACUAGAACAACUUAAGGACAAUUUGACAAGUAAAAAUAAUGAAAUCCUUCAGCUAAACUUAGAAUUAGCUCUGCAGAACAGCCAGUUCAAUGCCAGCAUCCAAGAGCUUUCUGCAGAGAAUGCCGACUUAAAGGCGUUUCUACAAAACAGAGAACAGGAGAUUGUCUCUUUGAAUGAGCAGAUUAAGGGAAGGCAGCACGAGGUAGAGCAUACGGUGGAGCUCAAGGUGAUGGACGAUAGAAGCUCUGAAAUAGAGGAGCUAAAAGCUGUCAUUGAAAAUUUGCGUGAGAACCAAGAACGAUUACGAAAGGAGAAGCUGGAAGAGGCCGAGCAGCUGCACGAAGUCAUCGAGAAGCUGCAGCAGGAGCUCUCCCUCCUGGGGCCUGUGGUUCACGAAGUCAGUGACAGCCAGGGCGACUCGGACAGCUCGCAGCCCGAGAAUCUGCAGCGAGAGCUCCAGAAGGGCCUCUUCUCCUUUCGGGCCGCCGUGCUCGACGAGGGAGCGAGGGAGCCGGACCCUCGCGUGGAGCAGCUGCGGGACGCCCUGCGGGAGAAGGAGAGCCAGUGCCGGCUGCGGGUGGAAGCCCUCGAGCGGGACCUGCAGAGCGUCCACGCGGCUUCCACCGAGCGGCUGGGCCUGCUGAGCCACCAGCUGUCUCUGAAGGAGGCGGAGGCCAAGAGGGCGGCCUCGCAGGCCCGGCACUGGCAGGCCGCCUUCCUCGAGAAGGAAGCCGAGGCCGACGCUCUGACCGAGGAGAGGGGCGCCUUCUUGGCCGAGCUGCGCGCCCUGGCGUCGGCCUGCUCGCACCUGAAGAGGGACCUGGAGGGCAAGAGGGCGUGGGGCUCCGGGGAGCCCCCCGAGCUGCAGAUGCUUCGGACUCAGUGCGUCGGCCUGAACCUGAAGCUGCAGGCCCUCAGCCGGAAGCUGGUCACCUACCAGGUGGCGCUCGAUCAGCACCAGGCCUGCGGGCCCCAAUGUCAAGUACAGAUCCAGAAGCACCUGAAGGGAGCAGACGCUCUUGAUACAACUGGAACCCGGGCCCCCGGGCGGCUCCGGUGCGGAACUCACUCUCAGGAGGCGCCUUGGAGCAAUCGGGUCGCUCAAGGAGCCGGCGCAGAGGAAGCGCGGGGUCAGGCUGCCGGGCCGUGGCAGCUGGCCGCUGCUACCCGGGGGCAGUGUGGUGAUGGCUGGAUUCAGCAGAAGCCGAUGGAGGGGGAUCAGCUGCACAAAGGAGACCUGAUGACCCAAGUGAGGCACAUUCUGGAGAAGCUCCAUCGCCUGAUCAAGUCCAUAUCCUCCAUAGACAGAGACGCCGACGGCGGGAAGCAGCUGUACCCGCCGGGACCGUCGGAGGGCGCCGCGCUGACGAGUCCCUCCCAGAGACCUCACGGGCGGGUCUCACGGAGCGCUCGGGGCCGGUCGGCCGCGGACUCGGGCUCUCCCGCCUCGCCGGGGCCAGAAUGCGGCAGUGUCUGUCAGUUGUGGGACUCGGCUGACGAUGCGAAAAGUCACGCUUCUCCGGGACGGGGCAGACGCCAAUUCCAGUAUGAUCAGAGCCCGGACUCUUUCCCGAGCAGCCCGAGUGGAGACCCGGACCGUGCCGAGCCCCUGACUCCCGAGAGCUGCUACUUUGAAGAGCGAGCGGCCGCUUCGAACGUCCCGAUGCAGAUGAAAAGCCAGGACUCGCCCCCUGCAGACGGAGGCAGGUUUUCCGGGGAGCCUAGCCAAGAGUCCUCCCGGGGCUCUCCUUGGGACGGCAGCACCGAGAACGGGUCACAGGUCGACACGGAUGCCCUGGAGACCGUGGAGCACUUCCGGGACACGAUCCUGGACACGGACGCCUCCUCCCUGGGCUCCCCGGAGCUGGUCCGCAGAGACUCCACACUGGAGAGCCUGCCCAGCCUCCGCCUGACGCCCCUCUCGCACACCGCCGGCCUGCAGAGCCCCGAAGCCACCUGGCGCUCCUUGGCUCUGCCGGACUCCUCAGGCUACUUGGGCUUGCCUGCUCUCCCGGGACUGGCAGCCAGUCCUCCGGCCUGUAAGGACAAGUCACAGCCCGAUGCCGGCCAGGACCUCAAGAGGAGGAUUUUGGAAAAAGAUGUCGAGGACGUCAUCCUAACACCAAAGGAUUUGCAAGAAGACCGACAAACCAAAACACCCAGCUCAGAAGGGGACGGCCUUGGCAAUGACAUCAGUCGGAUUUCUGAUUUUCCAGACAAACUAAAGCAGGAUUCGCACCGCUCGGGACCUCCGUCCUCUCGCCCUGUAGCUCAUCUUCACAAAGCUCAGAAUUCUGGAAUGGUUCAAAGACCUUUCAAACCAAUGAAGGAUAAAUUAGAAAUGCAGUCCAAGCAGAUGAAGGCGCUCCUGAAGAUGGUCUGUGAUGAGAGCCAGCAGAUCCUGGUCUUGUCCGAAGCCGAAGCCUCUGUCCCGGAUCAGGGCAGCGACCGGCUGCGCACGCCCCCGGAUUGCUUUCAGAAGGAGAGGCAGGGCCUGCUGGAGGCCGUGCAGGCCCUCAAAGAGCACCUCACCCAGGUGUCCUCCCGAGCGGGGGACAAGGAACCUUCGGACCCAGCCUUUGACUGGGGAGAAUUUCUGCAGGCGGUCCAAGAGGUCCUGGAGAAGGAGCGCAACGUGCUCAAGGUAGAGCUGCAGUCGAAGCUCUGCAAUCUGGAGUCUGGAGACGAUCGGUCCCUGCUGGAGAAGCUGGAGGAUGUCGUCAAGGAGCAGGGGGAGCUGCAGAAGAGAACGUUGGAGAACCUGCAUCUGAGUGACCGGAGCAGCCUGCUGUCCGAGAUCCAGGCCCUGCGGGCCCAGCUGCGCAUGACCCACCUGCAGAACCAGGAGAAGCUGCAGCAGCUCUACGAGGCCCUCACCAACGUCGAGGACCACGGCAGCAAGCAGGAGUACCAGUUCCGGAGGCAAAUCGAGUUACUGGAAUAUAAAGUGGAGCAAGAGAAAGGGCUGGUGGGCGAUCUGCAGAAGACCCUGACCGCCGAGCAAGAGAAGGGCUUAGAAACUCAGAAGCUGCUGCUGGCGGCGCAGAGCACGGCCCAGGGACUCACAGCACAGCUGGAGGAGUGCAAGCGGGACAAGGAGGCCAUUUCCCAGUCCCUGAAAGACGCCCACAAGGACAUCGCCCACCUGAGAUCCGUGCUGGACAGCAGAGAGGAAGAUCUGGCGUCCGCCCUGGACGGGCUGCAGGCCGAGAAGCAGAAGGCGGCCGAGCUGCAGGUGCUGCUGGAAGAAGAGCGGCGGCAGAGCGUGCAGAAGGACGAGCUGAGGUCCAAGGCUGUUGAGGAGCUGCAGGCGUCUCUGGAGCAGCAGCGCAGCCAGAACGGGCAGCUGGUGGUGAGCCUCCAGCACGAGCAGGCCGAGAAGGACAACCUGAAGAAGGAGCUGCAGAUCGAGUACUCCCGCUGCGAGGCGCUCCUCUGCCAGGAGCGCAGCCAGGUGGGCGAGCUGCAGCGCAGCCUGGAGGCGGAGAGGGCCCGCUCGGCCGAACUCGGCGAGGCCCUGAGCCACGAGCGCCUGGUCACGGAGCAGCUGAGCAAGCGCGCCGGCGAGGCGAGCUCCCAGAAGGAGGCCCAGCUGCAGCACGCCUUCGUGCGCAAGCUGAAGGAGGAGAAGGCGCGCGGCGCCGAGCUGCAGGCCCUGCUGGAUGAGGCCCGCCGCCAGGGCCUGGCCGCCCAGAAGCAGCUCGAGCUGGAGGUACAGGUGCACUGUGAGGAGAUGAAGAAGGAGAAAGAGGUGAGUGGGCGGCUGCAGGCCUCGGCGGACGCCCUCCAGAAGCAGAAGCAGGAGCUGCUCUGCUACAUGGACGAGGAGAGGGCCAAGCAGGGCAGGCUGCAGGCCGAGCUAGAGCAGCUGCAGAGCCGGCUGAAGGACGAGGCCGGCAAGGAGGCCAGGAGGGACAAGGAGAGGAGGCACGAGGUGCAAGCAGAGGAGGAGAAGGGCAAGAGAGGCAAGAAGGAGAAGGAGAGGCUGGGCUGGCAGCGCGAGUUGGAGCUGCAGCGUCAGAGAGAUGAGCACAAAAUCCAGCAGCUCCAGCAGACCAUCACCGAGCUCGAGAAGGACAAGGGCUUCGUCGUCAGCCGGACCUGGCAAGAGGCCGGGACAGUGGCGGCCCUGCCCCCGGACGCGGAGAAGCUGCAGGAGCACCAGGAGCCGCUUGAGAACGUCCGGCAGCAGCUGCUGCACGCCCUCGGGCUUCUGACCGGCUUCAUGAACCAAACUGUUAACAGGACGGUCAGUGACUGGACGUCCUUAAAUGAAAAGGCCGUGACCUCCUUGCUGCUCACUUUGGAGGAGUUGAAGUCAGAAUUAAUGCCAGGCCUCCCUCAGGAGGAAGACGUGGCUGCCGUGGGACCGCCGCUGGUAGUCACGUGGUUGGGGCAGAAACACAAACCUGGCACCCUCAAUAAAAAAACCACCCAGGCCCAGAUCAGUCUCAUCGAUGUGUUGCUGAAGGAAAAUGGCUCCCUCACCAAGGCCUUGAGCACCAUGACCCAGGAGAAGGUGGAGCUCUGCAGGACCGUCUCCAAGCUGGAGAAGACGCUCAAGCACCAUCUGCAGAAGGGCUGCGGGCACAUCGUGAGUCAGUAUAAAUACGUGGACCGGAUUGGCACGCUGCAGAAAGCCGACAAGGCCGCCUGGAAGCAACAGAAAAUGGCUCUCCCGGGCUCGAGGCACGGCGAGGCGGGGAUGGUGAAAGCCGCCUUUAAGGGCGAGAGCACUCACGGCGGGAGCACCUGCCGCAUCAGGAUGGAAAAGCUCUACCUGCAUUUUCUCCGUGCGGAGAGGUUCCGAAAGGCCUUGAUUUACCAAAAGAGGUACCUCCUGCUGCUGAUCGGGGGCUUUCAGGAUUCCGAACAAGAAACCCUCUCCAUGAUCGCACACUUGGGAGUCUUCCCCUCCAAGAUAGACAAGCGGGCUUUUCCAUCUCGCCCCUUUACCAAGUUCAGGACCGCAGUCAGGGUGGUCAUCGCCAUCUUAAGGUUACGCUUCUUGGUGAAGAAGUGGCAAGAACUCGACCGCAGAGCGACGUUCGUCCAGAGCGGCGAGCUCGACUCAGUCCCAGAGGAAGCCGUUGAGAUUUCAAGGCAGCAGCCGCCCCUGUCGUCAUCGCCGUCGCUCCCAGAAACCACCAGCUCUCCUCCCACGCAGGACCUGAGCUCUCUGAAGGGGAGACGGUCCCCGUCCCCUGCCUGCCGCCUGUGGGACAGGUCCCUCACGUCCCCAAGUUCAAGUGCAGACGUCUAUGACAGCUCCCAGGACCCUGAACACUCAUUGACAGAAUACAUUCACCACCUGGAGGUCAUCCAGCAGAGACUAGGGGGCGUCCAGCCAGGUAGGAGCCAUCCCGGCACUCGCUCACGCCGGGCCGGAAGGGGCCCCCCGGCGCCCAAGCAUUUGAAAGGCGAGCUCGGGCCUGGAGGGGCCGGGCGGCCGGCUAGCGCUUGUCUCGCUGGAGGAAAAGGCGCAGGUUUGGCCGCGGCCCUCGGAGGGGGAGAUGGCGUCUUGGCCGGCGCGGACGGGCAGGAGCCCCCAGGUGACGGGACGUGGACACGGGCAGAGAGGGCUGCGGGAAGGCUGUUCAUGCCGCCAGCCCUUUCUUCUCCGCCUUCUCGCGUAGAGCCACACCCAGUGGAAUGGCCACUGGGACGGAGUAAAGUGGCCCCCAGAACUGAUGGGGAGGGACUAGGAGGGCGCCAUUCUGGCAGGGUGGCGGGCACAGACACUCCCGAAUAUUAGCGGGCCCCCGCCUUUCUCCUCUGCCCAGCGCCCAAGCUUGACAGACCUGUUUGAAACGGGCACCAGUGUGUGAGAUGGCAAUUUGGGGGGGGGGGCAGGUCUGGUUCUUCGACAUCUCGGGGCUCCUGCCCCCAAGUUACUUGAAGGUCGUCACUGGGAGCCGUAGAAUCAAGUUGAAGCAAUAAACCGGACUGGGGUCGGCAUCGGAGGAAGCGGGCCCCGGAGCCCGGCUCCUGUCUGGGGGGUUGGGGGAGGCGGCCCCCAACUUCCUAGGCUUUUUACAAAGAGGGCCGAGAAAUCGCUAACAUGACUGUGUUUGGUUUGUGUGCAGCAGAACUGACUUCGAAAAAACCUGCUCACCAGAAGCCUAAAAAAGGGAGCCCCUGAGGGCGGCUCCGCGGGAGGAAGCCACAGAAGCUGGGAUCUCUUAGGUUUUCUCUCUCCUUCUGGGCCCCUUGUCCCCUCCUCCUCCUCUUUCUUUUUUUAAAAAAAGCAUCUUGGUGCUACCGCACAGGAUUGUGGGAAGACCCUGCUCGCGCAUCUUUAUCCACUCUCAUGACAUCAGCCGAAUGCCGCGAAUUAAAAGUGUUCUAGUCUCCUUGCGGUGUCUGGAAAGCUUGUGUUGUUGCGUAAGCCUGGAGAGUGCCGGGCCGUGGGCUCCCACGGGCUCCCACGGGCUCCCACGGGCUCCCACGGCACCAGUGAAAUGUAAACUAGCUCGUGUCCUCUGCUGUGGAUUUUUCUCAUGUAUAGUUGGGACACCUUGUAAAAAGUCAUUAAAAGCAAAGCGUUAUUUUUA